GCGUGCAAGGAAAACUCUUUGUCAAAAUUUGAUUUGAUUUAAUCAAAACAAUUUCUCCUGCGGUUUGAUUCGUGAUUAAUUUUCUACCCAAAAAUGUCCCAGAUUCUGGAUCCAGCUCGUGAGAAAGCGCUUCAGGACUACCGAAAAAAGCUGUUAGAACAUAAGGAAGUUGAAUCGCGAUUGAAAGAGUUAAGAGAAUCAUUAAAGGAACUUACAAAGCAAUUCGAUAAGUCCGAAAAUGACCUUAAAGCCCUUCAGAGUGUCGGGCAAAUUGUGGGCGAGGUGCUCAAGCAGCUCACUGAAGAUAAAUUCAUUGUAAAAGCUACAAAUGGUCCCCGAUAUGUUGUGGGAUGUCGUCGACAGUUGGAUAAAACAAAGCUUAAGUCUGGAACUCGAGUAGCUUUGGACAUGACCACAUUGACAAUCAUGCGUUACUUACCGCGCGAGGUUGAUCCCCUAGUAUAUAACAUGUCGCACGAAGAUCCCGGAGAGGUCACAUACUCCGCGAUCGGCGGUCUUUCGGAACAAAUUCGUGAACUGAGAGAAGUAAUUGAACUGCCGUUGCUAAAUCCGGAAUUGUUCCUACGUGUUGGCAUAACUCCGCCAAAGGGGUGCCUUCUGUAUGGACCGCCGGGAACGGGGAAAACUCUGUUGGCCCGUGCAGUAGCUUCGCAGUUGGAUGCGAAUUUCCUAAAAGUCGUCUCUUCAGCUAUUGUCGACAAAUACAUAGGAGAGUCGGCACGUCUGAUUCGGGAAAUGUUUAACUACGCCCGUGACCAUCAGCCGUGCAUAAUUUUCAUGGAUGAGAUCGACGCCAUCGGAGGUCGUCGUUUCUCGGAGGGUACUUCGGCGGAUCGAGAAAUCCAACGGACUUUGAUGGAACUGCUUAAUCAGAUGGAUGGUUUUGAUUCUCUUGGACAAGUUAAAAUGAUUAUGGCUACUAACCGUCCUGAUACAUUGGAUCCCGCCUUACUGCGACCCGGACGCUUGGAUAGAAAAAUCGAAAUUCCACUUCCAAAUGAGCAGGCUCGAUUAGAAAUUUUGAAAAUCCAUGCAGGUCCGAUAGCGAAACAUGGCGACAUUGACUACGAAGCAGUCGUAAAGCUUUCGGAUAACUUCAACGGAGCUGAUUUACGUAACGUUUGCACUGAAGCCGGGCUGUUUGCUAUUCGAGCUGAGAGGGAGUACGUGAUUCAGGAAGACUUUAUGAAAGCGGUCCGUAAAGUAGCCGACAACAAGCGGCUGGAAAGUAAACUCGACUACAAACCGGUUUAAGUGGGAUGUCAUCCUUUUGCGGGCAAGUAUAUAAUUCAAUUUAAGUGAUUUAUUAUCCAUUCUUGUAAUAACAUUUGCGUGAAAGUA